CCCAGGCCUAAUAAGCCUUAUCUGACUAAAGGCUAUAAUGUAAUCCCUAAGAUUGAAAAAGCUCUUAGGCGAGAUAAGAAGGGUAAGGGUAAUAUGCUUUAUAUAAUAGCUAUAGAUAUUAGAGAGGCCUGGUUUAAUAAGGAUUAUACUAGCUAUAUUAGGCUAGUAAUCUUUAGUUAUAAGAUCCUCUUACUU